AAAGGAACCGAAGCAGCUCCUUCUCAGUUCUCACCAUCAAAGGCUGAUGGGUAGUUUUACACUUUUACGCGUUCGAUUUCUAUGAAGAAAUUACGAUGGAAAAUAAUCCAUUUCUGGAUUUAAUCACAGGAAGCUGCUUGGAAAGAGAUACAAAAGAAGAUUAUGAAAAUAAACUGAGGUUUAAACUCCUUUCAUUUCAUGCCAAAAAUUACACAAAUUGUAAAACAAUUCCCUCUAAUACCAGAAUUCAACCUGUAAUCCGCCUAAAACAGGCUGAAUUUUUUCAGGUUAAUCUUUCUCUAUGGUAUGCACAGCCAUAUUUCUGGGAAUUUGGGGGCUUUUAACCUAUUUAAGUGGGGAAGCCAGUCUUGAUGAAAGGAAGAGAAUCCUCAUGGAUGAAACUGAAUCCUUAACUGCCAGGAUGCAGGACAUUCAGAGAGAAAUCUCUUCCACUCAGGUUCAACGAGGCAAGAAGCGAAAACGAGAUGACUGUCACUGGAUGACUGAGGGUCAGAAGCUUGUCGACGAAGGGGAACGCUUGUUAAGGCAAGUUGGAAGAUGGAGGUGCUUCCUCUUGGGUGCAAAGAUUAGAUGGGAUGUUUGUAAAUUGGUUAAUGCUUUGAAAGUCCAUGAUAAAAAGGGCGAUGUGCUCCUUAAACAUGCCUUGUCUGAUGCACGAGGCGUGUGUCGUGGCUAUCAUAUACCGGUGGAACAAUUAUUUGGCCAGGUUGCUUCUGAGGCUUUCAACCAUCUUAAGCUUCUGUUGGAAGAUGAUAUAAUUGGAAGGAUUGCUAUUCAUGGAAUAAGAGGAAUUGGUAAGACUUUUCUGAUGAAGCAUAUACACAACUAUGCGCUAAACAGGUUUGAUUAUGUUUUCUGGGUCCCUUCCCCUGUUGAGUUCACCAUCAAGUGUGUGCAAGAUGCUGUUGCUGCUGUUGUGAAAUGUGAUUUUGCCUGUGAUGAUGACUUGUUUGUAAGGGCUAGUAAACUGUCUGGUACACUUGCCAAGCUCGGCAGUUUUGCCCUUUUCUUAGAUUGUGUACCAAAAGCUGAUUUUUCUCUGGAACAGGUCGGAAUUCCAGUCCCUAGAGAAAGUAGUAAGUGCAAGGUGGUAUUAUCUACUAGCUCUACUUUAGAGUGCAAAAUAUUGGAUUGUUUUGAAACAGUGGAAAUUGAGCGUCUUCUGAAAGAAGAUGCAUACGAGUUGUUCAUGCAUAAGGCAAAUAUUGGGAAAGAAUCUGUUUCUUCCCUUGAUGGCUUUCCUAGUUUACUUGCUGAUAGGUGUUGUGGAGUGCCACAAAUGAUUGAAAACGUAGCUAGUCGUAUGUGUAGCAUAGAUGACCCCCGUGAAUGGAAAUGUGCACUGUUUGAAUUCAAUGGAGUCGUACCACUUAGAUGAGGGUAAGAUAACUUCCUCUACUUGCAAGGUUAGGUUAACUGGGAACUCGAUGGAGUCGUGCAAGUUGUAGAGAAGAGGUAUUUCAGUAAUUCAUUCGGUCAGAUAAGAGGCAAUUGAUUCACUUGCUGUGUGCUCUUUGAGUUCCCAAGUUUCAUACUCCUUUCUUACAUGAGCUGCUGAUUGUAUCUAUUAAAUUCUUUAUUUUUUCUUUUCUUGUUACAUGCAAAUAAAAUGUGGCAUGAUUCUGAUCUAAGUUUACAAGCUAUUGUGUACAAGUUUUUUCGAUAUGUUCUGUGUCUUCUUAUUACUUUGUUUUCCUUCAUAUGGUUCUCCCUUCUCUAGUUUUCUUGUACUUCGUAUAUGCUUUCUUUGUGUCAUUUGAUGUUAUUUCAUACUCCUUUCUUACAUGAGCUGCUGAUUGUAUCUAUUCAAUUCUUUAUGUCUUCUUUUCUUUGUUACUUGCAAAAAAAAUGUGGCAUUACUAUGCUAUUGCACAAGUGUUUUAGAUAUGAUCAAAGUAUUUUAGUCUUCUUAUUACUUUCCUUUACAUGGUUCUCCCUUUCUCUUGUUUUCUUGUAUAUGCUUUCUUUGAUACAUCUGAUAUUAUUUUAUGGUUCCCAUGAGUCAGAUUUCUAAUUUUUCAUGCCUUAAAAAUUGAAUCAAAUGAUGGCGGAGAGGGAGGAAAAGGAGAGACUAAUUUUUUUUCUUGAAAUGAAAGAAGGAAAGGGGGCAGAAUUCGAGCAAAGCAAGGAACAUCCAAAGAAAUUUUCUUGAGACACAUUGUAAUUGUAAAUUGUUAUAGCGUAGAAUUUGUGUUCAGGUAUAUUCUUAUAUUUAUCAGUUUAAAGUACUUUUUAUAUAUAAACUUCGUAUGAGUUUUUGUCUUCUUCUGA